AUGCAGUGGGCUCUGGUGCUCCUCCUGGCUGUGCUGGCCCAGCCCUGCCUCUCUUACACCCGCAACUCCCUCUACUGGCUCUCCCACCUGCGGAGCCGACAUGGUUACGGCUACCGGAAUGGUUACCCAGCGUCGCACUGGGACACCGAACAUCCCGAUGAGGCGGACUGCCCUCUAGAAUGCGAGUGCCCGGGUCUGUACCCUAGGGCCAUGUACUGCCACAGCCGCAACCUCCAGCACGUUCCUUUCGUGCCCUCCCGCAUGAAGUACGUCUACUUGCACAACAACCAGAUCAGCAGCAUCAAGGAGGGCGUGUUUGACAACGCCACAGACCUGGUCUGGAUUAUCAUGCACAAAAACCAACUCACUUCAGACAAGCUUGGCAAGAAUGUGUUCAGCAAACUGAAGAACCUGCAAAAGCUGUACCUAAACACCAAUGACUUAACCACUGUCCCUGAGAACCUCCCCACCUCCCUCGUGGACCUCCGGAUAAACAACAAUAAAAUCACCCAGCUCUCUGACAACACCUUCAAGGGCAUGGUGGACCUGAGCCACCUGCAUCUCCAAGGUAACGACAUAAAGGAAGUGGGUGGCGCCUUUAAGAGCCUGGACUCUCUGAUCGUGCUGGACCUGAGCCGCAACAGCUUGGAGAAAGUGCCGGAGAGCCUUCCUGGAAAGCUCCAGCAGCUCUAUUUGAACUUCAACCUGAUCGCCAGUGUGCCAAGCGGCUUCCUCGCCCUGUACCCCGCCCUGCAGUAUGUGAGGUUCUCACACAACAAGAUAACGGACAAUGGGAUUCCAUUCAAUGCCUUCAACACCACUGGCCUUUUGGAGCUGGACCUCUCUCACAAUAGCCUGGAGAAGAUCCCCACCAUCAGCACCAACCUGGAGAACCUCUACCUGCAGGGGAACCACAUCAAAGAAUUCUCUCUGAGCAGCUUCUGCAGGGUAGUGGACAUGGCCAACUUCUCCCAGAUCAGGGUGCUCAGGCUGGAUGGCAAUGAAAUCAGCUUCAGGGAUGUGCCACCUGAGGCAGUGCUCUGCCUUCGCCUCGCCACCACCAUCGACCUCUAGAUGCCCGCAACAAACCCGACUAUUUACCAUCAUCCACACUCUCAUUACACAUUCUCAUAUUGGGCUUGAACUCUUGGGCUUGAACUUAACUUAGCUGUUGAAAUCAAUUUUCUUGAAAUGUAUUCAAUGACUUGUUUUCAUUUCCAGGAUUUAUUGUUGUUUAUUCCAUGACUAGAAAUUGUGCCCAUAUCCAUAUGCCUGAGAUUAAUUGUUAUGGAAGCUAUGUAGGAUGCUAUGCUGUUUUUGAGGGAUUCCAAAUGAGGCCAAAGUAAAAUGGAUGUACUUACAAGGAGUUUCAUGCAAUUAUAUGGGCAAAUGUUACUACGUAUUUGCAGACUGUUGAUAUAAACCCUUAGACCAUGUGUCACAACAGAGACAAAUAUAACCUGAGACAAAAAAAAACAUGUUAAUAGAUCAGAAUCACACUUCACUACACAAGCAUGUUUAGAGCAACACAAGAAUGUAGUAGUUAUAUAGUAAUCGCAUCACGUUUGAGUUGAUGAUGGGUUCCACACUCAGCCAGGGAAGCAUGCACAUGCCUCGGCCUGCUGACAUACUCACACUUUGACGUGUAGCCAUAAUCACUGGCGUGUAAUCUGUUAUUUAUGUUUUAAGAUGGAGAGAUAUGUAAUGCUGAUAUAUGGGGCUGUAAAAUGUGUUUUAUGUAUGUUACCUCCUGUCACAGCAGUGUUUUCUCUGUAAGAAGCCAUCUGUCGUUCAUGAGUCACCUAUAUGGCAAAAUGAAGGUCUACUGUAUGCUUUUGAAAUUUCUGCUUUAAGGAGUAUUUGAAGUAUGUUUUAAGUAUAACCCUUUAAACACAGGUGCUAUCCUCUCUUAUAUAUUGCUGUUUUAUUCAUGUUGUAAUAUUUAGUCAGGAAUAACCAAGUCUUUUAUUUUGUGUAUGGCAUAUGGGAGCAAAACAGCACUGAGAUUGUUUCCAUGAGAUGUUCAUCUCUCCGUUGUCUCUCCAGGCUUUCUGAGGCAGCGCCUUUCUGUGCCCUUAAUCCCAUAAAUGUUAAUUAAACACUGACAAACACACACAUCACAACAAUUCUGACCUUUCAGUGACUCCUGAGAAUUUCUCUCAGCGGCAUGGAACUCCUAUUAUUAUCUAUGUGGCGUCCCGGAGAAGAGCCCUAAAGGACUGGGGGCUAAAAUGUCAUAGAAUCCCUCCGGUCAGGUGGGCCGUGUGUUUACACUCCUUCACUACACCGUAGUCCUAUUUUAGAGCAUGCAUACAUGUAAGGUCCCAUAUUCAUCAUUGUUAUUGACUUACAACUCUUGUUUUCAACAAC